UGGAGGUCCUCACCCGGUCCGUUUGCGCAAAACUCUAACAGAGCGUGAGCUCCAGUGAAAGACACACCAGAUACCGGAAGAGACUAAAUAAAAUUGUCAAUAACAAUAAUCAACACGGACCCAUCACUCCCACAUAACAACAAAUCGAUCAACACUCGAUAGCAUUACUAUUGGAUUAUUCAAUUUCCAGUGUUUCAAAUAAUUCCCGGCCUUUUUUACGAGUGCCAGUGCGCCUGCGCCCGAGCGAGUACGCAUGCGCAAUUGCUAGAAAGCUGAAACACGAGCGCUUACGAAUUAGAAAGCGAGAGCCGUAGCCCUUAAUCCCCGAAAAAAUGUAUAAUCACCUGGAAUGGAUAAUUAACGAGUGGUUAAAUUGAAGUGAAAAUUAACGGGCGACAUUAUUCUCGGAAUAAUUAAAUCACUGGGAGUAACCAGAAAAUCGGAUAAUUCGUGGUGAGAGAAAAGGGGUGGAGGGAAACUAAGUGAAUAAUUAUUUUCUGGAUUAUUGGCUGGGGGACACCUGGAGGAUCUUAUGAAUUUUCAUACCUGAGUUUGGAUUUUGGUUUGUCGGUACCGAGUUGGUCUCAGUCUCUCGUUGAUUCGCAUCGGGGGGAGAAGAGAAGUGGCCAACGGGUAACUGUGACGCGGGUUUUAACUUCAGUUAGCUCUCCUUCUUGGCCUGCGCGCCUGUUUUACUGUUGUGUAAGAGCUGAAAGUAAAAGUUGAAACCACUGACUUACGAGAGAGAGAACACAACGGGGCGCGUUAAAAUUCAAUUCAACAGCAGUGGCGAUAAGACCGCCGUUGAAAAUCCAAAUCCACAAAAUCAUCAUCAUCAUCAUCAUCACCACCACCACCAACCACCACUAUCGUCAUCAUCAUCAUCGCCGGUGGAUAAUUAUGUGGAUCAAGUGAUGUGUCAAGCUCGGUGUCCUUGAGUGGAUAAAAUAGAAAGAAAGCGUUUGACGUUUGUAAAAAUAAGAGGAGGUGGAAUUCUCGUUGAUGAUCCGCAUUGCGUAACCGGAACGUAACUCGAGAGCCAACGCACAACACGAGAAAGAAAGAUAGCAUUGCGCGACGCGUCGAGGACGAGGACGCAUCGACAAAACAAAAAGGAGAAUUAAAAAAAAAAGAAAUAGAGAAAAAAGGAAAAAAAUAGCGAGGCUCUUGGCAAGUGGGUGGGGGUAAAAUAAGAGUGGAAAAUAGAGAACAGUUUGAUAAGCUGCAAUAGUAGUUUCAGUGCAGUGGAGACCAGAGGUGGUGCACUUGGAUGAUCGCCUCGAGGAGUCGAUCUCUUCCAGGAAACUGACAUUUACACAAUUAAUGUUUAUCCAUUGAUUGUUGAUCUAUUGUUUCGGAGGGAAAUGGGCAGUAUGGAUACAGCAGUGAGUCCUCUGGUGGUACAGUAUCACGUGUUUUCACGUGUACUGAUGAGGUAGUGGAUCCAGUGGUACCACCGGAAGUAUCUCUGGUCCCUUCUUUCCCAUUUCAAUCGCUCAACGAUUUUGUCAUUGAUAUUAUACCGGACUUUUACUUCGGAGACUCGAGGAGAGUUUCGUAAAAGGGAUUACAAAAUCGAGGCAGUGGCAACAAGUGAGAAACAACGAGAUUGAAAGUGAAUGAGACGUGGUGAAGACAGAGAUAGGGUAAAAGAGAACGGGGAAUUUGUGUGCGUGUGGAGGAAAAGAGAAAGAAUUGGUCGUGGGGAAGCCAAUGUGGGGAAAGUAAAGUUGCCGCAGCGUUGAUGUGUGACGCGAAGAGACGGUGAAAUUUUUUAAUAUUAUUUUUUUUUUUCAUUUCCCCCCCUCUCCCUUCCCUCCCCCCUUUUUACCCCGUGUGAAAUGAAAAAUUGUGCUUUUGGUGGGUCGAGGUGGGAAUCGUGAUAUUGAGACCUGGGGAAUGAGGUAGAGGUAAAGACCUAACGUGUUGGAUAUUUUUGUAAAAUACCUUUUUGUAGUUGAUGAAAAAAGUCAACGCGAAAGGAUAAGAGAAAGGAAUAGGAGAGACUUGGAGUGUUGAGUCCUUGAGAGUAACCAACGGGUAAAAGUGCUAGAGCCAAUACAGCCGGCUGACCCUGGGGAACAGCCAGAACAGAAGAGGAGGGAACACUCAUACCCUCACACCAGAAUUGUCAGUUGGUGUGAGAAGAGCUGGAGGAAAUCAAAUAACAACUGUUUGAAACUUUAUCGUAUCCAGGGAUUAUGGAUGUAUCCCAGUGGUAUUUAAACUUAGCAGUGUGAAAUGCUGAGGUACCGGAACCGGAAGUGAAGGUGAAAGUGUCAAAAUAAGUGAUUCUUCUCGUUAUUUUUCAUUUAUUUUUAUUUUCUUAUUUUUUUAUACGGUUUGAGGAAGUGAUUCCAAGCCCUUGUGUGAUCUCCAAUAAGUGAUAGUUGAGUAAUUACUCUGAUUUGCUGGCCAAGGAUAGAUGGAGUAAAUAAAACGGAUAAAUACGAUUCAAAUGUACCUCACGUGUUGGCAUUAUCUCGGGAUAUCGGAAGUGCACGCGAAUUUUAAUGUCAAUGGAUAAUCAACGUUGUGUGAAAAUGUUGUGGGACUCUUCGAGAGAGUCUUGAGGAUUUUUUUUUUAUUUGGAUUUGGCUUGGAGUGUGUUUUUUUUUUCUUUGAGAGGUGAUUUGGUUGAUUAACCAGUGGAUAAUUGCGGGGACAUUUGCGGAGGAUUUUAAUCGAGACGAUGUUUACAGACGGUCUUCUGACACUCCACUAUGGGAAACACCCCGCCACCUUGGCUGCUGAGGUCGGGGCAUGGUACAACGGUGAUCGUCACGUUGACGUAACCUUGGCGUGUGACGAUGGUUCCGUUGUCAGGGCACAUCGUGUUGUUUUGGCAGCUGCUAGUCCACUAUUGGCUAGUCUCCUUCGUAAUCCAGCGCUUGAUCAUGUUGUUCAUUUGUCUGGAGUUAGGAAGACACAGCUCAAUCUUUUACUUGAAAUUUUGUACAACGGCGAAGCUGUGAUACCUUCAGCGGAAUUGAUUCCCGUGCGUGAGCUCUUCGACCUCCUCCAAAUAAAAUCAGCGCUCUUCGAUCCAAAUCAGCCGCAGACGUCAUCAGACUCGGAUCCAUUGAGGAUAACAACACCACAGCCAUCAGACAGUCAGGAGAGCUCCAGUUAUGAAUCACAGUACGACAAACGGGCGUCGAAUAAUCCCGCUGAUUGCUGUUCCGUGCUCAUCAAGAGUGAGGGCUGUGAUGAAGAUGAAGUGGAGCAGGAUGUCGAUGUUGAGGGGAUGGAGGGCGAUGGCAUGUUGUCGGAUAAUCGGGAAAGUAGUAUUGAACCUCCUAGGAGAAGGGACAGCUCGGAUCCAGUUAAUCUCAGUCUCAACUCCGGAACGUCGACCAAAAGCGAAAGCUCACAUGACGGUACACACAGGUCAGAAAAGCCACUGCUGGAGAGGCGAGAGUCGCUGGAAGAGGCGGAAGAAAGGCGGAGACAGUUGGCAGCCCGUUUGUCAUUGGGUUUGGAACCCGGAAAACGAAAACCCGAGGAAAUACCACUCACACCAGCUGAGGCAUACGUGGUAACACCACAUCGUAAACGUCGACCGGGUUUUCACAAUUCACCAGCACAAAAUCCAGCUUUUGUACCGUUCAAUCCUGGAUUCGAAACGCCUAGAAGGCUAACGGCUCCACAUCCACUCAGUCUGUCAGCACCACCGUAUCUACAGGACAGAUCAGUGACACCACCAGGUGGUUCACAUCGUCCUCCAAGUGCUGAUCCAGCAUCAGUCGCUGGCCUUGAACCACCGUGGGGUGCCUGGACCCUACCUCCAGCUCGUGCACCACCACCACCAUCCACCGAAGAUCCACCAAAGUGCAAUCCCGUUCGUGAAUACCGCUGCACCUACUGUGGAAAACAAUUCGGCAUGUCCUGGAACUUGAAGACUCACCUGCGAGUACACACCGGAGAGAAACCAUUUGCCUGUCGACUAUGUGUCGCAAUGUUCAAGCAAAAAGCCCACCUACUCAAACAUCUGUGCUCAGUUCACAGAGGUGUCAUAGCAGCUCCUGACAACACAUUCACAUGUUGCUUCUGCUCACUGAGUUUUGAUAGUCUUCAGGAGCUCAUCAGGCACUUGUCAGGGCCCCACAACAAUCUUUUACUUAGUAAAAAUCUGCAUGACUAACGACGGUAAUCAAGGUUGACUCGGCCCUUCCAGAAAAUCGGUUACACCCUUCAAUAUUACCUAUCCAUAAUAUUAUACGACAAAACAACCCAAAAUAUUAGAUUCUAAAAAAAUACAGCGAUUUACCUCAAUCUUUCGAUUUACAAUUCAAUAAAAAUGUGUCAGUUUUAAUAUUGUAAAAUAAACCGGUUCUAGUAUCGGCGAGUAAAUCAUAUUUGUCGUGUAAUAUUUGUCAGGCAUAAUAUCCCCUCCUAAAAUAUUUAUGGGUGUUACCUAAAAAUUAUCCCCCAGUUAAUUUCAAUAGUCAGUAAUAAGGUGUUUAAAAAUUAUCUGAUGUUUUCCUUAAACUUCUGGGUCUAGUAACAAUUGUGUCAGGUAUUGUAAGUUGAAAAUCCCUUGGCACAUACACCGGCCGAGAAGUCUGAGAAAAAUAUCCGGUUAUUUUCAAAGCAUGAGUGACAUUUGACGGAUUAUUUUUGGUCUCGAAGACUGCACUCCAAUUGGCUGAAAUUCCAGUUUGAAAAUUAAUCUUUAAAAUUUAGUUUUCACCGUUAAUGUUCGAUUUCGUUGGACAUUUUAUUGUGAAAAUAAAAGCCGAGGUCGGCCUUGUUCGUCGAUUAUAACGAGUUCAAUACUCGAUAAUAAAUUGUAUAGAGAUUGAAUAUUAUAUUUGAAAAUACUGAAAACCAAGGGAUAAUGACGAUUCAUCGGUGUAUGAAAUGGCAUUUCCUUUUGAUUCCUCCAGCUAGUGAAAUGAAAGCGUAGUUUGCACGAUUAGGAUAACACAUAGACUAAAGUAUUUUGAAUAAGGAAUAAAUAAAAAAAAAAAUCUCCGAGAAAAGACAGAGAGUGGAAAAUAAAUAGAUCGCGUCUUUAUUUUAUCCCCGCCAUAUUGGCUGUUCACUGAUCACAAAACUAGUGGUUAUUCGAAAAAUAUGACAAUAAUAAUUUUCACUUUAUGUCUUGAUCGCAGUUCUCCUGUAAAUAAUGUUACGUAAUUAUAGAGAUAUGGAAAAAAUGGACAUUAUUAUUUAUUUAACACUUUGCAAAGGGACCAACCGACUUUCCACCGAUUUUAUUAUUAUUUCUUCUCUUCUGUUUUAAGUAGUUCUAGUUGUUCUUUCUGCCCUGUCAUUCGUCGAGACACUAGUGAGCUUCUUUACUCUAAUUGAAUUUGCAUCGUUAACGAAGGAAAAUAUAUAUAUCUUUUGUUUGUUAAAGAUUUUUCUUGUCGUGAUGUAAUAACCACCGAAUUAUUUACGUCCAUUGCUGGAAGAUCGUCGUACCUUUGGCUCAUUGGGGGCUGAUUGUUAUGAGUUUUAAACGUCAGGAAUUGCUUCAAGAAUUCAUUACCAAAAUUUUCUACAAGUCGUUUUUUGCGAUUUGACAUUUUGUAAUAAGAGAGAAAAAUUGAAAAUAUCUAUCGAUUUCUUCCCAAUUUUUACGUUCAUUUACUUUCGAUUUUCUGGUGAUUAUUUUCUCGUUAGAAAGACGAAAAAUUGAUGAAUUGUCCAAAGAUUUUUCAUCGAUUUAAAAAUUCGAAAAAACUCGCAUAAGCGAUGAGCAAUUUGAAUUCGUACAAAAAAUUGUACUUUUGACAAUAAAAAUUUUCAAUGCGUGAUAAAAAAGGGCGAAUGAAUAAUCAGUGUCUCCGGUUAAUUGUGGAUUUGUUAAAUAAAAAACGAGUGCUCGUUUGGAUGUUGAAAAAACUCAUGACAAUUUUCCCUUGAAAUUUUGAUUUUUCGGAGAAAAGGGACAAUACGCCUUGAGUGCCUUGUCCAAUUGGGUCCAAAAUUGUGGUCGAUUGGGGGGGCAGUGAUUUCAUGUGUUCAUAGCCUAUAAGUAUGUACGAAAGUAUAUGCCCGCUUAGAAAAAAAAAACCUAGAUAUUAAUAACGAAUAGAUGAAUAAAUAAAAAAUAAAAAAAUCAAGUAAAAGAUUACAAAAAAUUUGUAGGCAGGUUAUUUUACAAAAUGUUAAUUAAUAUGUUUAAUUAAGGGCCAAUUUCACCGGUUGUUAGCCAACUAAGGUUGAGACAGUUUUAGCAUUGACGCAGGACGUCA